AUGACUGCGGAUGGAGUUGGUGCCCUUAAUCUGCAACGCGCGCUCGACAUUGCUCGCAACACCGAAGGAGAGCUGGACCUAAGUGUACGAGACUAUCUGGAGCGAGCACUGGUAGACAUCUGGGGACGCAUCAAACAACAGCCAGAUGCCUACAUUUUAACCAAAGACGAGUUCGCUGUCUUCAACUACUACAUCCAACGCUUCGAGGCAUACCCAGAGGCCGAACCUGCCAUCAGCCGUUACUGGCAACACGCCAGGGAGCCAAGCCGAGGCUAA